AUGGAAACGCGCAGUACGCCUCUCGAAAAUCGACCGCGACUUCCCCGCAUAGCCCUAAGCAAGCGGAAUCGGGCUGUCGUGAGGGCUCUGAACCCAAUGCUGGUGACCUAUUUGGAAGCCAGCCGGGACCUUUGCGAGACGGACUCAAUUCUCUUUGGCGCCGCACUGGCAGUCUGCCGUAUUAUAGGCGCCAAACUUUCCACGGCUGGACGCACUACUGGACAAAGUAGUGCUAUCCCAGCCUGGAGAACAAGAAUUGAAGAACGUAUCGCAAAGGCUAGGGCCCUCAUCGGCAGACUGAUAUGCUUCAGGUCAGGCAAUACCAGGCCAAGGAUUGUGCGCACCGUCAGGAUGGCGUUUGCUGGGACAAAUGUUAGUUUGUCCCAGCCGGAUAUAAUGCAAAAACUGACGGAGCGCAUAGACGACCUGAAGCAGAGAAUCGCUGCUUGGGGAAAGCGAAUUCGGCGAUAUACCGAGAGGUCGACACGGUUCAACCAGAAUCGUCUCUUCCAGAGUGAUCAGAAGAGGCUCUAUAAAUCAUUGGAGCGACCAAUGGUAAGUGGAACGGGCCCAGUACCGAAUCAGGCCGACACGGUCGCAUUCUGGCGCAGCCUGUGGUCAGAGCCCGUAAACCACAACGAGGGCCCUUGGACGGAAGUUGUGGCGAGUCAGUGUGCGGGUAUUACGCCCAUGGACCCCGUCACCAUAACGCCGGAUGACGUAGCUGAGGCGGUCCGUAGGGCCCCGAACUGGAAAAGUCCGGGACUCGACGGGCUGCAUCACUACUGGCUGAAGGGGUUCGUGAUGUUCCUAACACGAUCGGAAUAUGACCGAGGUGUCAAUACAUUUAGCCCGGAAGGAAGACUUUUUCAAGUAGAAUAUGCAAUUGAAGCUAUUAAACUUGGGUCUACUGCCAUUGGGAUUUGUACUUCUGAAGGAGUAGUGCUUGCUGUUGAGAAAAGGAUAACUUCACCACUAAUGGAACCAACAACUAUAGAAAAGAUAGUAGAAGUUGACCGUCAUAUUGCUUGUGCUGUGUCGGGGUUGAUGGCUGAUUCCAGAACACUUGUGGAGCGUGCCCGUGUAGAGUGUCAGAAUCAUUGGUUUGUAUACAAUGAGCGCAUGACUGUGGAGUCCUGCGCUCAGGCUGUGUCCAACCUGGCAAUACAGUUUGGUGAUAGUGAUGAUGAUAGUGGAACUGCUAUGUCAAGACCAUUUGGUGUUGCAGUGAUGUUUGCAGGCAUAGAUGAAAAGGGCCCACAACUGUUCCAUAUGGAUCCUAGUGGAACAUUUGUCCAGUAUGAUGCUAAAGCUAUUGGCUCGGGCAGUGAAGGAGCUCAACAGAGUUUGAAGGAAGUGUAUCACAAGUCAAUGACUUUGAAAGAGGCAAUCAAGUCAGCUUUGACAAUUCUGAAGCAAGUAAUGGAGGAGAAACUAUCUGAAAAUAAUGUAGAAGUUGUGACAAUGACUCCUGGCUCUAUGUUCCAUAUGUUCACAAGGGAACAGCUCGCAGAGCUGAUUGCGGCGAAUCCAGAGCUUCAAUGGAGUGAGAGUUCAAGGAACACCAUUCAAGACCUAUCCAAGUUACGACUCGGAAGUCAAACAUGUUAA